GCCAGCUGUGUUUACAGGUGGGCUGUGUGGGGGGAAAAAACGAAACGUUUCAGUGGCUAAUUGCACUGACCAGAGGAAUUUAUUUUUUCGUCGUGUCAUUCGAACUGUACUUGGUGCGUACACUGGGUGUUUCCACGGACUCGCCGGAUGUGAUCUGGUUGUGUCCGUGCUUUAAGGACACAACUUUCUUUUUAAUCUCCUUCAGCGGAGCCGCGCCAAUAUAGAUACUCAGGGGUCGUUCAGAAAUGAAUGGCCAGUGGGGUCGCUCCUAUGGAUUCCUGUUCUACCUUACUUUCUGCGUAGUCUGUCAGACGCGGACGAAGGCAGACGUUUCUGGGUCAGACCCAUUCCAGAACAAUAACAAUAUCACACUUUUCACUCGGAUUCUGGAUCGACUGUUGGAUGGCUAUGACAACAGGCUGAGACCAGGUCUUGGAGAUCGAGUGACAGAGGUAAAGACUGAUAUCUACGUGACCAGUUUUGGGCCAGUGUCAGAUGCAGACAUGGAAUACACAGUGGACGUGUUCUUCCGUCAACGCUGGACAGACGAGCGCUUGAAGUUCAAUGGCCCAAUGAACAUCCUUCGGCUCAAUAACCUGAUGGCCAGUAAGAUCUGGACUCCUGACACUUUCUUCCACAAUGGCAAGAAGUCUGUGGCCCACAACAUGACUAUGCCUAACAAACUGCUGCGAAUCAUGGAGAAUGGAACACUCUUGUACACCAUGAGGUUAACGGUGCAGGCAGAAUGUCCAAUGCAUCUGGAGGACUUCCCCAUGGACUCUCACUCAUGUCCACUGAAAUUUGGCAGCUACGCAUACACUCUGACAGAGGUGACCUACGUUUGGACGAGAAACGCCACUUUCUCGGUAGAAGUGGCUCCAGAUGGAUCGAGGCUGAACCAGUAUGACUUGAGGGGGCAAACAGUUGGCAAGGAAACCAUCAAAUCUAGCACUGGUGAAUAUACAGUGAUGACAGUUCAUUUCCACCUGAAGAGGAAGAUUGGGUAUUUUGUGAUUCAGACGUACUUGCCCUGCAUCAUGACUGUCAUUCUGUCCCAGGUGUCUUUUUGGCUCAACCGUGAGUCUGUACCUGCUCGAACAGUUUUCGGUGUGACCACAGUGCUCACCAUGACAACGCUGAGCAUCAGCGCCCGGAACUCCCUGCCCAAGGUAGCCUACGCCACAGCCAUGGACUGGUUCAUCGCUGUGUGCUACGCGUUCGUCUUCUCCGCCCUCAUCGAGUUCGCCACCGUCAACUACUUCACCAAGCGUGGCUGGGCCUGGGAUGGCAAGAGCAUCGUCAAUGACAAGAAAAAGGAGGGCUCCGUUAUGAAGAAGAACAACGCUUAUGCGGUUGCCGUGGCGAACUACGCCCCACACAUUGCUAAGGAGUCAGCCCUGCCCACUGUCUCCAAGAGCGCUCCAGCAGAGCCAAGCAAGGCUCAGCCGGCGGCUAAGGAGGUGAAGAAGACGUUCAACAGCGUGAGCAAGAUCGACCGUAUGUCUCGCAUCAUCUUCCCCUUGCUCUUCGGGGGCUUUAACCUGGUCUACUGGGCCACGUAUCUGAACAGAGAGCCCGUCAUUAAGAACAUGGUGCCCUCUCCUUGAACGAACUGUUGACCACCCAGUACUUAAUGAAUACACACUGUUGAAUACAUACAUACAAACAUACAUACACAAACACACCUAUAUAUAGAACAACACCAAGCUUUUUUGUACGUGUAUACUGUGUUUGCAUUCUGUCAUACUGUUGAACCAUAUCCUUCGUCAUUAAAAAGAGUUUCACUGCCAAGCAAGUGCACAGAAAAAAUAACAUACCUAUUUGUUAGGUAAAAAGUGUGGAUAAAACAUUAUAUUUAUCCUUCUCAUUAAGUUUAAUAACUUUAUUUGAUUUUUGGAAUUGAACCUGCUUUCUCCCAAUUUAGAUGUAACCAAUACUUUAGAGUAGAAGAGAUAUUCCCUGUUGCACAGUUUGGAAAAGAAAACACAAUGUCUGAUGUAAAUGAAGCCUGCUGCAGCAUUUUCUCAUGCUUCCAAUGUCAUGCGCCUCAGAUGUCUGUUAUGCACUACAGACCCAUGCACCUCAGAUCCAUGUGAUGCGCCUCAGACCCAUGACACGUGCCUCAGACCCAUGACACGUUUCUCAGACCCAUGACACGUGCCUCAGACCCAUGUCACGUUUCUCAGACCCAUGACACGUUUCUCAGACCCAUGACACGUGCCUCAGACC